CUCUUGGCCACUCUUUCUAUCCACCCUUCACUUCUUAAUCAUAUUCCAAAAUAUAUAUAUCUUCACUUUAUCUUCUUAUAUAUAUUUCAAUCCUCACUACUAAAAACCUACUUCAUCAUCUUUUUUCUAUAUCUUAAUUUCUUUGGUUGUUAAUUAACUCUUUGAAAGAUGAUUUGUAUGGUAUCUCGAUCUGGAAGGGAGUUGCAGAGAUACAACACCAUGGGUGGCAGACAAGUUGUAGGAUGCAUACCUUAUAGAUAUAAACAAGACAUAAAUGGUAAUAGAAGCAACGAGUUGGAAGUACUAAUGGUGAGUUCACAGAAAACACAAAGAUUAAUGUUUCCAAAGGGAGGAUGGGAACUUGAUGAAUCUCUACAAGAAGCUGCUUCUAGGGAGUCUCUUGAAGAAGCAGGAGUCAUAGGAUUAGUUGAGUGUGAAUUGGGACAGUGGAAUUUCAUUAGCAAAAGAUAUGGAAUAUACUAUGAAGGGUACAUGUUCCCUUUGUUUGUGAAAGAGCAACUUGAUUAUUGGCCUGAGAAAAAUCUUAGGACAAGAGUUUGGAUGACUGUUGGUGAAGCUCGGGAAGCUUGUCAACAUUGGUGGAUGAAAGAAGCAUUAGAUAUAUUGCUUCAAAGACUCAUUUCUUCACAGAAACAAUAAAAAAAUGACCUCCGCUUGGUUAAUUUGCCUUUUUAACCAAAUGGUGGUGACAUCUUUUUGAAUUGAUGGUGUUCUUAUUUGGGAUCUAAGAUGGAAGAUAUGUUUCUUUGUUCAUGAGCUGGAGUUGGUAGCCAACCUUGAUUCUGUUAUUCAUGGAACAACAACAACAACUCUCUCUUUGAAUUGUGAUAGAUGGUGGCAGUAUCAUACUAAGAAUUAGGUGCUCUUGGAAGAACUUGAUUUUAUGUCCCAUUGAAUCUAUUUGCUUCUAAUUCUUCUCUUCCAAUUUUGAGGAGUUUAGCGGGACCUCAUCUAAAUUAGUGUCACAUGUAAAUAUAUAUGUAUGUUUAAAUUAACAAGUGAUCGAAAAGUAAGGAUGUUGAAUCCUGAGAGUAGAAAAUAAUUUAGGUUGAAGUUGUAAAACUAUAUCUUUUCUAAAUGAGCGUGAGCAAGAAUAAAAAUAA